UAAAGCAAACAAUUUGAAACAAUUCGAUACGCAACCAAGCAAGCACACAUUGUAGUUUCUGCCCACCAGCCCUCCUCUAUCACAUAUAAUUUUGGCAAACCAAAUUUCUGUGACGACAAUAAAACGUUCUAGGAUCUAUUAUCUGGCCAAAAACAAAAAAAAAAAAAAACAAUGCCGGAAACGAAAACCAAGAGGCUAUGCAGCCCAAGCAAUGGCCUCGACCAUCCGGAUGAGGACGACGUCAUUGCAUCUGCCAAUCGUCUGGUUCUUCGCUCCCGCAGUCCCAGCCGUAGACACCCACGGAACCCCCAUCGCCAGCGUCCACCGCAAGGUCGUCGAGAUGCCACCGACUUUACGGCCAACCAGGAGGUGCGGCUGAAGGCCGGCGACAUGCGCAUGGCCAGGAUGCAGAUCAGUCUCUCCAAGCUGAGCACCGAAAUGGAGGAGUCGAGCAAACAGCUCAUGGACCUCUGCAAGGCGGUGCGGGUUGAUGUGGAUGCCGAGUAAAGGGUUGUGGAUGUGUCCUGGAAAUUCAUUAAAAUUUCCUAUAAUUUAGUCAAAAUCAAGUUCU